AUUUUCUCCUCUAACUGCAUAUGAGCAUUGCCGAGGUGUUCCGAUGUUUUAUUUGUAUGGAGAAGCUGCGGGAUGCCCGCCUGUGCCCCCACUGCUCCAAGCUCUGCUGUUUCAGCUGUAUCCGGCGUUGGCUGACUGAACAAAGAGCUCAGUGCCCUCAUUGUAGAGCCCCCCUGCAGCUCCGGGAGCUCGUCAACUGUCGCUGGGCAGAGGAGGUGACCCAGCAGCUGGACACCCUGCAGCUCUGCAGCCUCACCAAGCACGAGGAGAAUGAGAAGGACAAGUGUGAAAACCAUCAUGAGAAGCUCAGUGUUUUCUGCUGGACCUGCAAGAAGUGUAUCUGCCACCAGUGUGCACUCUGGGGAGGAAUGCACGGGGGACACACUUUUAAACCACUGGCAGAAAUCUAUGAGCAGCACGUCACCAAAGUGAAUGAAGAAGUGGCAAAGCUGAGGAGAAGACUCAUGGAAUUGAUCAGUUUGGUGCAGGAAGUGGAGCGGAACGUGGAGGCCGUGCGCAGCGCCAAGGACGAGCGCGUGCGCGAGAUCCGCAACGCCGUGGAGAUGAUGAUCGCCCGCCUGGACACCCAGCUCAAGAACAAGCUCAUCACCCUCAUGGGUCAGAAGACAUCACUUACUCAAGAAACUGAACUUCUGGAAACCCUGCUACAAGAAGUAGAACAUCAGCUGCGGUCCUGCAGCAAGAGUGAGCUGAUAUCCAAAAGCUCCGAGAUCCUGAUGAUGUUCCAGCAGGUCCAUCGGAAGCCCAUGGCCUCCUUUGUCACCACUCCUGUCCCCCCAGACUUCACAAGUGAAUUGGUUCCAGCCUAUGACUCAACAACAUUUGUCUUGGAAAACUUCAGCACCCUGCGGCAGCGCGCGGAUCCCGUGUACAGCCCUCCCCUGCAGGUGUCAGGACUGUGCUGGAGAUUAAAGGUUUACCCGGAUGGAAAUGGAGUAGUUCGAGGCUACUACCUGUCAGUGUUCCUGGAGCUGUCUGCUGGGCUGCCUGAGACAUCCAAGUAUGAAUACCGUGUAGAAAUGGUUCACCAGUCCACCAACGACCCCACCAAAAACAUCAUCCGGGAAUUCGCCUCUGAUUUCGAGGUUGGCGAGUGCUGGGGCUACAAUCGCUUCUUCCGCCUGGACCUGCUGGCCAACGAGGGCUACCUGAACCGCCAGAACGACACCGUCAUCCUCAGGUUCCAAGUGCGCUCACCAACCUUCUUCCAGAAGUGCCGCGAUCAGCACUGGUACAUUGCUCAGCUGGAAGCAGCUCAGACGAGUUACAUCCAGCAAAUAAAUAACCUGAAAGAGAGGCUCGCGAUUGAGCUGUCCCGGACGCAGAAAUCCCGAGGGGUUUCCCCUCCAGACACUCACCUCAGCCCCCAGAACGAUGAGGGCUCAGAGACAAGAGCAAAGAAACCUGGACAAAGCAUUGAAGCACUGCUUGAGAAUUUCACUGCUCCAGGAUUGGCACGGGAGAACAAGGAGGAGGAGGAAGAGAAGACUCAGCAGGAGGACUUUAAUCACGAGCUCUCAGAUGGUGACCUGGAUAUGGACCUUGCAGGAGAAGAUGAGGUGAACCACCUUGAUGGCAGCAGCUCCUCAGCGAGUUCAACAGCAACCAGUAACACUGAGGAAAAUGACAUUGAUGAAGAAACGAUGUCUGGAGAGAACGAUGUGGAGUACGGCGGUACCAUGGAGCUGGAGGAUGGAGAUUUCAUGGAGGAUGCAGCAGCUGCUGCUCCUCCUCCUACUCCCUGAAGGAGCGGGAGCAGCGCAGGCACCAGGCCAUGUGGAGGGUGCCCCCAGACCUGAAGAUGCUGAAAAGACUCAAAACCCAGAUGGCAGAAGUUCGCAGCAAGAUGUCUGAUGUGAAGAACCAGCUGUCUGAAGUGAGGAGCAGCAAUGCUGCCUCAGGGGAGGGACAGCCCAGCUUCUUCUCCAUGGAGCAGGGCGCCCUGGCUGCCUGUGGCACUGACGGCUGCAGCAAGCUGCAGGAGAUUGGCAUGGAGCUGCUGAGCAAGUCCUCAGUCACCAGCUGCUACAUAAGGAGCUGUGAGUGUGUGGGGAAGGGGAUUCAGUCACCUCACAGGUGCUUCAGCUCCCAGGGCAGUUCCAGUUGAACCUGAGUAUGAGGGAGAUCAGGAAUGUAAAACUG